CGAACACCUCGCGCCUCGCGGCGACAAACCAGCCACUCGUCGCCGCGCGCUCCUCGACUCCGGAAGCUUCCUGCGGACGGAAUGUGCGGGUGCUCGGCCCUCGUCGCCGGAGGCCGGCUGCCUCCACCCGCUAUCCCUCGCCGGCUCCGCCGCCGCCGAGGGAGCUCCGUCCGGGCAGAGGUCUCGCCAGGCGGCGAGUCCCAGCGGAAGAAGGUCGCCGUCGCGGGCGCCGGCUGGGCCGGCCUUGCCGCCGCGCACCACCUCGUCAAACAGGGGUACGAUGUCACGCUCCUCGCCGCAGAGAACGGCCCAAGCGAGGAGGUUGGCCUCAGAGGAUUCUGGUACCCGUACCGCAACAUCUUCGCUUUAGUCGAUGAGCUGGGGAUCUCGCCUUUCACGGGCUGGAAUAAAGCAGCCUACUAUUCUCCAGAGGGACUUGCAGUCGAAUUCCCCAUAUUUCAUAACCAGCCACGGUUACCAGCUCCCUUUGGAGUCUUUGCAUAUCCAGAAUUCCCUAACCUUCCUUUGAUUGAUAGGUUGACAUCAAUUCCUGUCAUAGCUGCAGUCAUUGUCUUUGACAACACAGACACUGCUUGGAGGAAAUUUGACUCAAUGACUGCAAGAGAGCUUUUUAAGAUGUAUGGUUGCUCUCAAAGGCUCUACAAGGAAGUCUUUGAGCCAGCUAUUCAGGCUGCCCUGUUUGCUCCUGGUGAGCAGUGCAGUGCGGCUGCAACACUGGGGAUGUUGUACUAUUAUAUGCUCUCUCAUCAGGAAAAUUCAGACUUCUUGCUGUGCCGUGGUGACGUAGAAGAAAAAAUUUUCUCUCCCUGGCUGCAAUCAUUAGAGAUGGAAGGCUUAAAAUUUGUACCAAACAAAGUUCCAUCGAGCUUGACUAUAGAUACGGAUAGUGGAUGCAUCUCUGCUAUUGUCUGUGGUGACGAGAUAUAUGAGGCAGAUGCAUUUGUUUCAGCCAUGGGACUCUCUUCUCUACAGUCCAUUGUCAAAAACAGUCCAUUCCUACGGUCUCAUCGAGAAUUCACCAAUCUUCUUCACCUGUCUACAGUCGACAUGAUCUCUAUAAAAUUAUGGCUUGACAAAAAGAUCACAAUUCCAAAUGUUGCGAAUGUAUGUCCUGGUUUUGAUGAUUCAUCUGGCUGGACAUUCUUUGACCUUACCUCAAUAUAUGAUGAUUAUUAUGAAGAACCAAUGACAGUAGUGGAGGUGGAAUUUUAUAAUGCUAGCCGGCUGGUAACUCUAAGUGAUGAUGAUAUUGUCUCUGAAGCUUCAUUGCAUCUUAUCAAGUGCAUACAAGAUUUUGAGGGUGCUACUGUGAUCCAAAAAUCAGUCAGAAGAUCUCCUAAAUCUGUAAUCAACUUUCUUCCAGGUUCCUACAAGUACACACCAAGAGGAUCAACUUCAUUUCCUAAUUUGUUCAUUGCUGGUGAUUGGAUUGUCAGCCGACAUGGGUCCUUUUCAAAAGAAAAAGCAUAUGUGACUGGACUUGAGGCCGCUAAUAGGGUGGUAGACUAUUUUGGCACCGGUGACUUUGCCAAAAUAAUUGCAGUUGAAGGAGAUGAACCUCAUAUAGAGACAUUGCGUAGUCUCAGCAGAAGAGCCAAUGAACUGAAGUCACAGAUUCCACUCUCGGAGUUCUUUCUCCAGUGAUAUGGUUCGGGUUUUUCCAUAUGACUGUUGACCAAUGCCCAUUGCUGUAGGCUGAUAUGUAAAAGUAUUUGUUGAAACAUAUAUAUACAACCUCUUCCAUCAAUAGACCAGAGAUUGCCUCAGUUUAUGUUUAUUCAUCAUUGCAGUAAGGAACUCCGUGUAAUCAAUGCUGCCACUCUUGUCAACAUCAACCUGCACCAACGUUCUCCGCGAUUACCUUAACCAUGGAAGGAGACAAUCUGUCAACUCAAUUUGACACAGGCGAACAAGUAGUUAUUCUUCUUGUUAAGGAGAUUCACCUUGAGUGCUAGUUGCUUUAGCUUGUUCAUUGCCUUGAAUUGCUUCAUUCUUGACAGGACUGCGCUAUCGAUAGAUAUGGAGGGCCACGGGAUGGAGCUUAAAUCAAGCUGGCCGACCAGUAUAGCAUCAAAUAUGCCCUUCUCUGUUUCUGCUCGGAUAUGUGCAAAUACUGACAAUUAGCCUCUGAUGCUGAGGUAAUGUAGUAUGUUAUGAUGAAGAUCUGUGAACACUAACCUGCCCAGAAAGGCGGUGACCCACACAGAAGAAUGUAUAAGAUCACUCCGGCACUCCACACAUCAAUUUCUUUGCCGUAAUUCCGGCGCAGUACCUCCGGGGCCACGUAGUACGCACUCCCCACAAUGUCCUUGUAAACUUUGCCUGCAUUGGUUGUCUACAGUGAUCAGGUUUAUGCUAAGGCUUGUGAACUACUAUUCCCUGUUCUCUAGCAACACCUUGUGCUUGGUUUGUUCUUGUUUGGCAUCGUCCUAGUACUGUUCAGCUGCAA